CCUGCGCCGCUCCCGCCUCCCGGUCCCGGGGCUGCCCGCGCUUCCCGAGCGUAGUGGGAGCUCGCCCGGGGAUCCGCCCGGCCCAAGGGGCGCGGAACAGGCGCAUUGGCCUCUCGUGCAGCUGCGGGGAACUGAGGGACGGCGAAGAAGUGUCCGAGAUGAGGGCGAGCGGAGCCGUGCGAGGAAGCGCGGCCAGAUGCAGGCCUUGGGGGGCUGUGGAACAGGGUCCCUGCGGCGGGAGGCGAAGUCAGAGGCGGGCAGUGCAGGGCUUCACGCCGUGUCUGCAGGACCCUUCCGCACUCGGGGCUGCCGGGCACGGGGAGGAGGCAGCUCCCCUGCCCAGGUCACAGCUACUGCCACUGCCACCGCCCUGCCAGCCUGCGCUGGGCGGAUCUGCACUUGCAGAACAUUUAACCGCUCUCCGCUUGCAACAUUUUACACGUUUUUGCAGUAAUCCAGUCUCUUCUCCUUUCUUCUGGUUGCGGAGUUGCUCCAAGAGCACCAAGAUGGAAGACUCCAAGGAAAAAAUCAUCCUGAUUAUUGGAGGAGUCAGAUAUGAGACAUACAGCAGCAUUCUUCAGACCUUCCCAGGGACCAAGCUGUGCAGUCUAACAGAGCCUCAUGCCCCAAGAAUCUACGACUAUGAUCCCACCGCCAAAGAGUUCUUUUUUGACAGGAGCGCUGAGAUAUUCAGCUCUGUGUUGAACUGUUAUAGGACCAAACAUUUCCACUGCCCCAUUGAUACCUGUAGAUCAGUCUUAGAAGAAGAGCUGAUUUUCUGGGAAAUAAAUGAGACAUAGCUAGCACCCUGCUGCUGGCUGAAGCUGAAUAACAAAGAGGUGCAGCCAGAGGAAUAUAACAUUUGGGAUGAAGAUGAACAAACUGAUGACCAACGCCUCAUAGUCCAGACAAAAAGAAGGGAUUUCGGCUGGUGAACCAGGUGGCAGCCAAAGAUUUGGUCUAUAUUUGAAAAAACUUUUUCUUCUUUCAGUGCUAAGGUAAUACUAUAAGUGCAGAUGGACACAGCCUGUGUCCUUUGGGAUUACUGGAAUGGGUCCAUGAAAAAUGCUAAUGGGUUCAUAUCUUUGGUAGGUAUACUUUGAGUCCUGGAUUAAAAAACCCAAAAUUUUCUUCUCACUAAUAGACACCUUAUUUUUCUCUCAUUCUCUUGUCCCUGUUCUCUACACAAAAUGCAUGCCCCAUGCCUCUUUAAAAUGUCAGGCAUGCAGAACAAUAAACACAAGUCAGAGUCUUGCAGAGGAUGUUUUCUGUGCUGCUGGUAUUUCUGGAGCCAACAUUUAACACUGAAGAGGCCCUCAGUGUCAAUCUGUCCACACUGCUCCAGCUGUUGGAGUAUUUCCUUACAAAUGGCAAUAUAAGAAUUCAGAUGUUUUUUUUAUUUGACUCCAAUCUUCUCUAUUAUUUUUCAAAUCUGGAAGGAGAAAAUGCACUCCCAUGUGAGCUGAACAAUGUUGAUUUGAGAAAGAUUAGUCUGGGAUUGUAUUGUGCCUGUGGAGGUGGUCCUGGGGUUGUGGUAGGGCAGUGAGGUUAUAUGAUACUUGUUUGUUGAUUUAAUUAUAUAUGUGCCUUUUCUUCCCUCCGAAGUGCUUGGCUUUUGUUUCUCUACUGUUCAUCGUUGGAAUUGUCAUCAUAUUCUGCGAGGAGACUAAGGCACAAUUUGGGUUCUUUACUCCUAGCUUGACCUCUGUUGGUGAUUCUGAGGUCUUCCACAAUGACCAGGAACCCUAUUACCAGCAGACUGCCUGCUUGCUUCAUCUGGAGCUAAUUUAUAUCCUCUGGUUUACUUUUGAGUUUUCUGUGCAAUUUUGUUUCUGUCCAGACAACAAGUCGUUCUUCCAAAAUCCCCUGAACAUGGUUGACUUCUUCUCCCUCUUCCCAGUAUAUAUGAAACUCUUUAUGGCUAGGCAGAUUCACAGAACACCAAGCCUGGGGCUUUGGUUGAGUUUUGUUUGCAUUGUCUGUCUCAAACUUCUGAAGAUAUCCAAGCUGAUAGAAAUGCCACUGAUCCUCAGGGUCUGUGCUACAUCCUCAGAGAGAUUUGCAUCCUGCUGAUGAUUUUGGCCUUUGAGACCCUCUUCUUUGCCUCUAUCUUCUUCUAUGGGGAGUUGCUAGGUAGCCAUCCUUCCUACACAGGGGAGCUGCACUUCACUGACAUUCAUGUUUGCUUGUGAUGGGCUUUAAUCACACUCACUACUGUGGGCUAUGGAGAUAUUAUCCCUCUCACCACAGCUGGUCAAGUGACAGCAGCCUUAGCUGCAGUGUUCAGCAUGUUAACCAUUAUCAUCCCGAUACCCAUUUUCCUGGUAAAAUGUAAAAGCUAUUAUGGUGUUGCUGUCUUCAAACAGAAGCUGAAGAGAAGAAAGAAACAUUAACAUUUCGGAGCCUCUGUUUCCAUUUGCUUUUAGCAAUAAACCUUCAGCACGGUUUAUUUACUUUGGUGGAAGGGGAGUGCAAAUAGUUCUUACUGCAUUUACUUGCCUUAGCAUAUUUCAAAUAAUUGGUGAGCUUGCAGUACUUGAUACACAACUGAUCAGAACUGUUGAAUCUCAAGGGUCUUUCCCAUACUGUACCUCAUCCCCUGCUUUUUUAUGUGCCACGGUUUCUCUCUCCCCCCUAGCUAUUCAGAGACAAACUGCAUUGCAGCCUAGAAUGUGCCCCACGGCACCCAGUUCUAUGAUCUGAGCUCACAGCAUAUUGCCUUAGCUGGCAAACAACUCAUGAUGUUAUCUCUGCCCUCCAUCGCCUGACAGACCAUAAUGUCAUUUUGCAUGCUGGGAAAGACGAUCUGUGCACGGUCCUGCUCUGACAGCAGUGAGGAGGCAUGGGUUCUGAUUGGCUAUUUUUAACAAUGUUCUGUUUCCUUGUUUUAUCUAAACAAGCCAGUACAUCUGAUUUGCCAGAAUCGGAUGUACAUGUAAAGAAGGCAGCAGGCUGAACUGAAUACCUGUGGGCCUAAAAGCCCACGCUUUUGGAUAACCUGCCUUGAGGGCUCACAAGUAUUGCUGUGGCAUCUUGGUAGCAGCAAGGGGAGCCCUCUGACAGCAAAGCUCUUUUGUAUCUGCCAAAGUCAAUGGGAACCUCUCAUUGACCUCAGUGAGAUGAAAAUUUCAUCAGACACUUCCAGUGUAUCAACACAUUUCUACAGUUCUUGAUUUUUAUGUAACAGUCACUGAGCUAUUAGCCAAAAUAUCUGUGUAUUUUUGCUGUUCAAAAAGAAUUACAUCAUCUACAGUACUCCAUAUAAUUUUAAUGUAAUUUACUUUCUUAAGGCAUAGAUAUAAACUAGGAAUAUUUAUCUGUUAACUGUAUAGGCUUGUUACGUAUGUUUAAUUUUGAAAUAACAAAAGUUUUUAAGGUAUAAGAAACCCCCACGUCCCAUUGUUUAUAUGGCAGAGUGAUGUGCUAAGAUUAUUUUUUUUAAUAAGUAAAAAAAUCUGUAUGCAAUAACAGUUAUGUAUUUAAAUUUCAUCAAGGUUGUUUAAUUGCAAUUUUGAUUAAAUUUUGUCCCUAUGAUUUUUCUGUUCAGGAUAUAAUUUUAAGGCUACUUUAUUUGUAUUAAAACACGAGGUAACUUCCCUCUGUUCUAAUGCAAUUACAGUAUGUUUUUGUCUAAAGUGAAAUUUAAAAAUGCUGCAAACACAACACAAAGCACAUGAGAAGCUGGAGAGACAAUGUCAGUUGAUAAUAUGCUUUUAUUUUGAAUCAGAAUAAAAAGUCAAAAGGUGGA